UAUGUCCGCGAGGAACUCAUCGUGCUCAAGCAAUACACACAGGAUAACCUUGAAAAGGACUUCAUACAGGCCAGCUCUUCCCCUGCUGGUACCUCUGUCCUAUUUGUUAAAAAGGCCGAUGGAACACUAUGUCUCUGCGUCAAUUAUCGUGGCCUUAACGAACUUAUCAUCCGCAUGGCUGAGGGUGAGGAAUGGAAAACAGCCUUUUAUACACGUUACGGGUAUUUCGAAUAUAUGGUAAUGCCUUUUGGCCUCAUCAACGUGCCAGCUAUCUUCCAACAUUUUGUCAACGAUUGCGUUCGUGACUACCUCGACAUGUUCUGUACAGCCUAA